AUGGCUACAAACGCUGCGCCCUCGGAGCUGCGGAAGCGGCAGCAACACCACCGCGACGAUGCCGCUGCCGCCGACCCUCAACAAACGCCAGCAUCCCCAGAGCACACCGGCCUUUCCACGCCCGCCGACCUUGAUCCGGACCGUGCCGACGCCAAACCCCAAAAGAUGUACGGCAGGACGCCGGAUGGAACCCUUUUCGUCGUUCCCACCACCCACGACAUGGUUUCACAACUUCUUGACCCGCGUCAGCCAAAGAACCUUUCGGAUCUUGUCGUCAUUACGAUUCUCGCUCUCCACAUCCUGGCCGCCUACAUGCUACCCGCCGCCUGGAAGAAGCCUGUUUUCGCUCUCAUCUUCCUCUUCUGGCGUUCCUGCUACAACGUGGGCAUCGGCGUCCUGCUGCAUAUCCAAUCCAACUACAACCGUCUCGUCACCUGGGCCAUCCGGUGGAAGCUCUUUGAGAACCCAAAGACCGGCAAGAACCCGCGCCCAUGGCUCUACAACCUGCUAAAAAAGGAGCUCGAGGCAAAGAUCCCGGAAGACUACGACUUUGAAAAGGCCCCGAUUGAGUACAAUACUUGGCUGGUUUUCCGACGGGUCGUAGACUUGAUUCUCAUGUGUGAUUUUACGUCAUAUUGUCUCUUUGCCAUUGUCUGCGGCCACACCCCCGAAGCCGAGAGCGCCCUCGUCGGCGUCGCGCGCUGGAUCAUCGGCAUUGCUCUAAUUGGCUUCAACCUCUGGGUGAAGCUCGAUGCUCACCGAGUUGUAAAGGACUUUGCAUGGUACUGGGGUGACUUUUUCUACCUCAUUGACCAGGACCUGACCUUUGACGGCGUAUUCGAGAUGGCUCCCCACCCCAUGUAUUCGAUCGGCUAUGCUGGCUACUAUGGCAUUUCAAUGAUGGCUGCUAGCUAUGAAGUUCUCUUCAUCUCCAUUGCUGCCCAUGCCGCCCAGUUUGCUUUCCUUGUCGUUGUCGAGAACCCGCACAUUGAAAAGACUUACAACCCGCCACCCCCGCGUAACAUGGCAACACCAUUAGAAGAUGCGAGCGCCAAGCUCACGCCCGGACAACCUACCACUCAGCCAUCGCCCGAUGGCUCCCUUUCGGUCUCACCAAAAGACUCUCCGGACACUGUGCAUAAUCUCGUCGGAAUUACCAACAUGGAUCUAUUCCGCGUCCCUGACUGUGCUGUGGUGUUGAUGCCUGCAUAUGUGGCAACUCUGGCGCUGGCUACUCCGUCCACGCCAUUUUGGCAGGCCAUGUUUGUUGGACACGCCCUGCUCUGGCGAGUUUGGUACCACGUCGGUCUUGGCCUCCUCCUCGAUAAACAAUCCAAGUCUAAAAUGUGGACGCGCCACUUUCUCAAGUACGGCGAAACGGCCCAGGAGGCUUGGCGCCAGUGGAAAGGCAUGCAUCAUAUCAGCAUGAUCAUGUCCAAUGCGUCCUUCAUUGCCGCUUGCUGGAAAAUGUAUUCCUUCCCUGCCGACUGGGGCUACGGCCUGGUGCUCCUCAAGCAUGUCAUGGGCGCCAGUCUGGUUGCACUGCAGCUCUGGACCGCAUUCAGCGUUUACGAGUCCCUCGGCGAGUUUGGCUGGUUCUGUGGCGACUAUUUCUUUGAUCACCAAGCAAAGCUCACCUACACCUCCAUCUACCGCUUUGUGAACAAUCCGGAGCGCGUCUUUGGCAUUGCAGGACUGUGGGGUGCCGCGCUCAUCACCUGGAGUCGUGCCAUCUUCCUCAUGGCUCUCGCGGCUCAGCUGAUGACCAUCUGGUUCAUUUCCUAUGUCGAGCGUCCCCAUAUGCAAAAGAUUUACGGUAGAGGCCUGCGAAGCGAAGCGGGCUUGACCAAGUUCAUCAAGCGCUCGCUGCCGCCCCCCGUCAAGACGCUUCAGGAGAGCAUGGAUCGAGUCCUGGACGACACGACGCAGUUUGUCGAGGACUUUAUUGACACAGCUCGACCCAAGUUUGCUUCCGGUGUCAAGACCAUUGUCCGCGAUACCUCUGCCAUCUUCAACAUUGCACCUGCCAGGCUGACACUUACCCGCAUUUCGCCUGAUUUCGAGGGCCUAGACCCCAAACAAUUCUCGCUCAAGGUUGAUGGCCAGCACUCCGCAUUGCCGUCUCUUCACGAGAGAGCCACAGGAAAGGAGGGUCUCAGUGGCAGAUUCCCGAAGCAAGUCAAGACCAUGACCUUUGAAUACGGUGCCCCUCUCAAGGUGAAAUGGACUGCGCCAGCCAACCACAAAUCCAGAGACUGGAUAGGUCUGUACAUGGUCAGCGACAAUCGGUCCAGGGACAAGACAGAAGUGUCGUCUCUGGGCCGUUGGGUGCCCACAAACCCUGGCAGCUACGACAACCCCAUCUUGGAUGCCAAUAUCAUUGUUCCCCCGCACAAGAUUGCUGGCGAAAAUGGUGAAGCUGACAGUGUUGGUGGUGAAGUGGUUUUCGAGGGCGACAGGCUGUGGUGGACGCAGGGCGUGUUUGAAUUCCGCUAUCACCACGACGGGCACCACAAGGUCAUGGCCGUCUCAGAACCCUUUGAGAUUGCGCUAGGAAAAUUUGACGAAGAUGAUGAAGAUGUGGAUGUGGAUGCUAAAGGCAUGUACGCCAGCGCUGUUGAGUCUAUCCUGCUGCCUGUGGUCCGCAACUGCUUGGACCGCGACCCUGAGAUUGCCCCCAAGGAUGAGACAGAGGUGUUUGGCAGCCACGUGGAAAGAGAUGGAAAGUACGCGAAAAGAAUUGUUUAUGCCGUUCGGGAAAUGUUUGGUAUUGAAUUUGCCCCCGCGGUUGUUCUUGCAGAUCGCAACGUGCGCAAGCUGGCCUGGAGAAUUUGCAACGCAAAGCAAGUCCUUGCGCCCUACAGCAUGUCGAAAUCUAGGGGCACCACGACGCCCAUCGGGUGA